GGCUGCUCGAGCGGGCCGUUCAGUCUAAUUUGAACCGUCGCGCGCGCCCGACGCGGGGCCACCGACAAUCCCUUCUCCGCCUCGACGUGACACGAGGCUCCUCGUGCAUGCCGCGUGCAACACACGCGCCGAUCCCCCGCACGAUAUUAUCCGCACGCGUGCACCAGCACCAGCAGCACCAGCAGCACCAGCAACACCAGCAGCACCAGCACCAACAGCAGCGGCAGAGGCAGCGACAGUAGCAGCGGUGGUAGCGGCAGUAGGACCGAGCGAGGAGAGCAACAGCGCAACCAGUAUCGCCGCUAUCGUGGAAUCGGUAACGCGCUGGAAGCGGACGGUCGUCAGUCUUCUCGCUGGUGGUCGCUUCCAAGAGCGACACCGACCGCGACCGCCCCCGUCGCGAUCGCAGAUUUACAGAUCGGUCGCACCGAUAGUCGGCAAACGGUUCCAUCGCGAUCGGUUCGCCGAACAGUGCAGUGCGCGACCCGCGAGGACUAGACUUCGACGGUCCUCGGGUACCAACCGCGAGAGAGCCCUGUGAGUAUAUUUAAAUAGUGUGCCUCGGCCGGUCAGAGCAAGCCGACUCUUGGUCCUCUUCGUCGUCGUCGUCGUCGUCGUCGUCGUCGUCUUCUUCUUCUUCGUCGUUGUCGUUGUCGUCGUCGUCGUCUUCUUCUUCUUCUUCUUCUUCUUCUUCUUCUUCUGCUGCUGCUUCUUCUUCUUCUCCGUCUCCGUCGUUGUCGUCUCCCUCGUUGCCUUCUUAUUCCGCGGCUCUCGUCGUGUGUCAUCAUCCUCGGGUUUUCCUCGUUCGGAGUGCAACGUGAUACCGAGAGCCGAGAAAAGAGACCCGCUCUCGGGGGUGGCGCGCGCGCGAGAUUCUUUAUCGACUUUCGACGAUUUAUUUCGAGAUACGGAAACACACGGACGACCUCGUUCUCCCGAGAGGAGACCGAGUUUCCGAGACGACCCCGUCCCCGACGAUUCUCGAUCGGUGCCCGUUGCCCGGCGUCGCGGGAAUCGAGGCCCGGCGACGAUUUUUAACGGCAUAGUGUAUGUAUCGCGUCGCGGGAAAGAGGAACCAGGGGAAAUCGAACUUCGGAGCAACCUUCGAAGCCGGUCGGCCGACACCGAGAUGAGCUGUCCGUCCGAUCGACAGGAUGACCGGGACGAUUGAACCGUUGGUUUCGGCAGUCGAAGCCGAUCGGGGCCGCGCGCGAUAAUCCCGAGGGGUACUUAGGUCUCCUUAGGUGUCCCUGUUGCAUCCGUCGAGGGCGUCGAGGAUGAAGAGGACGGCACUAGGUUGGAAGAGCAGACAGCCGAGAAUCUGUCCGAUGGAAGUCCCGAUGUCUUGCCUCCGGUGGUACAACACCUCGUGAACAGCGUACGGUUUUUAUUCGUGGACUGCUUCGUGAAGAAGGGACGAAGGACGAAGGUCUAGCGGGAAGAUAGACGCGAGUCAGGGGAGGACGAGUAAGAGACAGUCGCGUUCCGGCCACCCUGAAUGAUUUGAUCGGUGAGAAACAGGAGAGGUCCGAGACCGAGAUAGUCUCCCCCAGGGAGAUCGUUCGUUUCGCGGUGUCCGAGGCGCGUAUUCGGUCGCGAGAGGCAGAUCAGAGUGCCAGAGAAGAGUGUGCUUGUUCGGGGUGACCGAGGUGUCGACCUCUCACCCCCGAUCAAACCAGCAAGCAGGUCGGAUGAUGUGGGCGUCUCUGCUUUUGGCCGGGAUCUUAAGCGGCUGGUGGGGCGUACUGGCGCUCGCUGCGGCACCCCCCGCCAAUCGGAACUCCCUCGAGGAGACGUCGACGAGGACCACCGGCGACUAUCCGGCAUCGAUGAGCAUCGCCGCCGUUCAAAAGACCCGCAAUUAUCGUCCGACGACUUGGAACUUCCUUACGAGCGCCAUCGCCGAACCAAGGGACGAGUUCGCCCUCGCCUCGUCCACCGAGGCACCGGGCAAGGGGACACCGUCAUCGGCAACAUCGGAAACGGCAGAAAAUGAUCGGCGAGUCGAGUCCGUCUCGUGGACGUCCUCCACCGCGCUGGAACCGUUCGGGGACCAACGAACCGUGUCCAGGUCCAAGACCACCGAGGAGGAGCUGUUCGACGACUCGAUCCGCGCCGCGUUCGUCGCCUCCUCGCUGCGAGCGAAUCGCCGGCUGGAGGACGAGCCGAUAGGACACCCGAGGACGGUCGAGUCCGGGAUCUCGCAGCCACCUCGGCACUCCUCCACCCAGACGCCGUUCCUCUACGGCCCGGGGAGCGACGAGUCCUCGGUGGAGAGGCCCCGCGUGGUUCGCUCGACCAAGCAAAGACCAAAGAACCGCGCCAAGGCGGACUCGCCGCGGGAGCAGCGACGCCGAUGCCGGAAUAAGGGCUGCCGCGGGCAGAACUGGUGCCCCGACAUGGACGUCGGGAACAGGGCGUACCUGGCGCCCACGGUCUUCGAGGGCAAGGCCAGGAGCAUGUCCUCGGCGAGGAAGCCCGGCUCGAACUACGCGGUGACGUUCGAGGUGAAGCAGGUCUACAAGAGCCAGCCGGGGUUCCCGCCGCUCCAGAAGAACGACAGCGUGCGGCUGCACUUCCGCGACAAAUCCGCGCCCGGCAAGUCGACCGUGUGCGGCUACGACACCGACGGCAAUCAACAACAACAGCAGCAACAACAACAACAGCAGCAGCAGCAGCAACAACAACAACAACAACAGCAGCAGCAGCAGCAACAGCAACGCGAUAAUCAGAGUGGUGUGGUGCGAGCCAAUAUUAAGAGGGGUAAAGUGUAUCUAGUGUUUGUGAACCGCGUGGGACCUAGAAACUUUACGAUUCUCGGUGAGCCGGUGAUUCGGAGCAAGAAGAACGAACAGGCGGUGCAGGCUGUCGUUCGGCCGGAUUACGUGAGGGAGGUUACGUUGUCCGAGCUCAGGGACUCGAUAGUCAGGUUACGGGAGAGAGUGAAGCUGGUGUGUCGAACGAAGGGGUCCCCGCCCCCUAGGGUGCACUGGCUGAAAGACGGCAUCCCUUUGCACCCCCGCAGAGGCCUCAGGAUUCAGCACAAACGACGGAGAUCGAAAGUGGUGAUAUCCUCCGCGAAGACAGAGGACAGUGGUACAUACGAGUGCGUGGCCGAGAGUACUUCCGGACACAGGGCCUCCCUCGCGGCCCAGCUUCUAGUCGCUCACGAUACGAGAAUUCCGGAGACCACGACGGCGGCGUGGCCGAGGCAGGAGCAGCCGUGCCCGAUCGCCGGUGACUUCUGCAUGAACGGCGGUACCUGCCUGUUUUUCGAGACCGUCGGUGAACCAGCAUGCAGAUGCGCGGAGGGCUUCACGGGUCAGCGGUGCGAGACGAAGGACGUCAUCAGCACCGGAAAUAUGGAUAAGUUCUCUUCGUUCGCCGAGGACGUGACGCUCGCCCGCUUCUAGCGCAUCUAGCGGCACUGUCAAGCUUGCACAUCGGGACAUUCAUCGUGUUUUGUUUUGUUGUAGCCUCACCCACAUCCCUUCCCAACGCCACCCGUUCAUGUUCCUACGUACGCGUCCUCGUCUUCUUCGCUCUCCUCGGGCUCUCGAUUUCCCUACGCGGCGUCCCCGUUCCUCGACCAACCGGAAUUUCUCGAGGGUUCGCGGUUUAUUGUUUCCCGCGACAUUCCCUCGUUUAUUCCUCACACUUCUCCCAUCUCGCGUCCGCGUCUCCUCCGCCCUCUAUUUCUACUUCUACUUCUUCAUCGUCGUCGUCGUCGUCGU